CUCUGAUCAAGCGCAGUCUCGGAUGUGAAAAGACGGCGAUAUUCGCGGCUCCCAACUUGGUCUUUUCACUUUGAUUGUGACAUCUGGACGGUGACACCGAUCUCUAAACUCUCCUCUCUGUUCCUACGACCAUUCUUCAACUCCCUCUCCAAGUUCCCUUCUCCCAGUUCCAUCCCUUCCUCCACUCGCCCGGGUCUUCCCGUCAUCUCUCCUAAACCCCUUCACGACUUCACCUCCAAACAAAGGGACUUUUGCAAAGCAGCGCACGAUUGCACGACUGCCUGAUAACGACGGUGCCGUUUGUGCCUGGAGCAAAACAGAUUGUACAACACCCUAUGCUUUUCACAUGCGAACAAACAUCCUGAAAAUUUUCCAUGGACUCCACAGCUUCAGGCGAUUCCAGAAAACCACUUGCUGUGACACCGUCUUCCUGCUCUCCACUCGCGUCAAAAGUGCAGAGUAACUUGCCGUGUUGUCUUUCUUUAUCGUCUGCGCAUAUAGCGCGUCCAAAUCAUGAAGCUUGGAGAGAAGGACCCUGCAACUGUGGACGGUAACAUUGGUCAGAGUUCGACUUCAAUUCGGGACUUGUCAAGUUUACCACAGAACCCAGCGGCUAUGGCCACAAAUGACAUGCUCACGCGGUCGCGUGAGUUCAUCUCCACACCGUUCACAGCCGCCUUUUGUGCAGGUGGUGUGGCAGGAGCGGUUUCCCGAACUGUCGUCUCUCCUCUAGAACGGUUGAAGAUUCUUUAUCAGAUACAAAGCGCAGGUCGCAACGAGUACAGAAUGUCUAUCGCCAAAGCCCUGCGGAAAAUGUACAGAGACGAGGGCUGGAGAGGUUUCAUGAGGGGCAAUGGCACAAACUGCGUACGAAUUGUUCCUUAUUCAGCUGUCCAAUUUGGAUCAUACAACGUCUACAAGGGAUUCUUUGAGCCUACACCCGGAGCAGACCUCGACCCCGUCCGCCGGUUAAUAUGUGGUGGCCUGGCUGGCAUUACAUCCGUCACCUUCACAUAUCCUCUCGAUAUCGUACGGACACGUCUGUCGAUACAAUCAGCUUCGUUCGCAGCACUCGGGAAACAUGAGGGAAAGUUACCGGGUAUGUGGCAGACAAUGGUCAACAUGUACAAACACGAAGGAGGGAUGUUCGGUCUCUAUCGAGGCAUCGUCCCGACUGUGGCAGGCGUGGCACCAUAUGUUGGUCUUAAUUUCAUGGUGUACGAAUCUGUCAGGUUCUGGUUCACGGAGCCUGGCGAGAAGAAUCCUGCUUGGUACCGCAAACUCGCCGCGGGAGCCAUUUCAGGCGCUGUUGCACAGACGUGCACCUAUCCAUUCGAUGUGCUGCGCCGCCGAUUCCAGAUCAACUCCAUGUCUGGUAUGGGAUUCCAGUACAAAGGUAUCUGGGAUGCGGUGCGGACCAUCGUUUCACAAGAAGGUAUUAUGGGUCUCUAUAAGGGCAUAGUACCUAAUUUGUUGAAGGUGGCUCCUAGCAUGGCUAGUAGCUGGCUCAGUUUUGAGGUGACGAGGGAUUUCUUGGUUGAUUUGGCGCCUUCCAAACCAGACCCUAUAUGAAAUGAUGAGGUUUGAUGCAGUUUGCAAUCACAUAAGCAAAAUCGUGCCACGCAGCCGGCAUAGAAUUGGGGUAUACCUUGGACAUGAAGCUCGGUGGGAACAGGAUGGCAAUGACAGUUGAUGCUGCAUUUGCGAGGGUGCUGCAGCACAUUACCACAGUAUUCGCGACAUGUACUGGAUCAGCGGACAUUUCAUGGAGUCGAGGACCGGAAAGCUUAGACAGAAUGGGUGGAGCAUUUUUCUUGGAGUACAAAGAAUGCACCUCGGUAUUGGGACGAUGACUGAUAAAUACAAACACCGCGAAUUGCAAGCGUUCCAAUUUUGGA